AUGAAGUUGGACAAGCUAAGAAGUGAAAUUGAAUUGAUUCAAUCAAAUGUUCAGAUUCUCCUCCAACCAAAUGGAAGUAUAGAUGACAAUUAUACUACAUCAAUACAAAUUAAUCCAAACAGGCAAAAAAAUAAAGAAAAACGUCUUCUUCAAAUAGUUGAAUACGAACAAGUAAAAAGAAUACGUCACUAUAAUAACGAGGAUGCAAAUGAUUCAACCGAAAAAGACCAACACAAAGAAGUUAGUAUCCAUGGACUUCGUAGCAUACAAUUGGAGGGGAAACAAGCUCAUUACACAACACCAUGGAAUUUCGGACCCCCUACAUAUACAUGCCAAUAUUGUGGUGCUAUUUUAUGGUAUGAGGAACGAACUAAAAAAACCCAAAAUGCUUCACAACCCAAAUUCUCUUUUUGUUGUAUGGAAGGACGUGUGCAAAUACCACUAAUGAAAGAAACACCUCAUUUACUCAAAUAUCUCCUCGGACCAGAUUCUGCCCAAAAGGGCUUGAAGUUUCGAAGAAAUAUACGAGCUUAUAACUCCAUGUUUGCUUUCACAUCAAUGGGAGGCCGAGUUGAUACGUCGAUCAACAAAUCUAGAGGUCCUUAUGUAUUCCGGAUGAGCGGUCAAAAUUAUCACCACAUUGGUUCGUUAUUGCCAGAUGUUGGGAAAAAACCACAAUUUGCUCAACUAUAUAUAUAUGACACUGAAAAUGAGAUUGGAAACAGAAUCAACACAUUAUCAAGUCAGGGGAGAAAGCCAGAAAUAGAACAUGAAAUUGUCCAAGAAUUAUCUGAAAUGUUGGAUCAACAUAAUAGUUUGGUCAAAUCUUUUCGAAUGGCAAGGGAUAGAUUCAAAGAACAACCUGAAUCAACGUUUCAUUUAAGACUCUUAAGUCGCAGGGCUACAGAUGGUCGUCAGUACAAUAUGCCAACAGCAUCUGAAGUAGCAGGCUUAAUAAUUGGUGAUUUUAGUGAAGCAAACUACCAACGCGACGUUAUUGUAGAGCAUCGAACUAACGGACUUCAGAGAAUCACUGAUUUGCAUCCAAGUUUCAUGUCUAUGACAUAUCCAUUGAUACACCCUUAUGGUGAAGAUGGAUAUAGAAUUGAUAUACUCUUAAGAGACUUAACUAAGACCUCUUUCAAGAGGCAAAAGUUGAUAAUGAGGCAACAAUAUUGUUUUAGGAUGCAGCAAAGAUUAAAUGAGGGGCACACUCUUCUCCGAGCUAGUAGACUACUACAACAAUAUAUAGUUGAUUCUUACAUGGCAAUUGAAGAAGAAAGAUUCCGUUGGAUACGAAAUAAUAAAAAAAAACUCCGAUCAGAUCUUUACUCCGGCUUAAUGGACGCUGUUCAUCGAGGUGAUUCCGAUUGUUCAAGAGUUGGAAAAUCAAUUAUUUUGCCUUCAUCACACACUGGAGGACCACGAUAUAGAGUUCAAAAUUACCAAGAUGCAAUGGCCAUUUGUAAGUGGGCAGGAUAUCCUGAUUUGUUUCUUACUUUCACUUGCAACCCAAAGUGGCCAGAAAUAAAUAAUAUGCUGCAUUUGAUUGGGCAAAAAGAUGAUGACAAUCAAGUGGAUAUCAUAUGCAGAGUUUUUGAGAUAAAGUUAUUCCAACUAAUGCAGGAUCUCAAAAAAGGAAAACCAUUUGGAAAAAUAAUUGCAUGUCUUUACACAAUUGAGUUCCAAAAAAGAGGCUUGCCCCAUGCACAUAUACUUCUUUUCUUACACCAAACAUUGAAAAAUCCAUCAGCAAAUCAUAUUGAUGAAAUAAUAAGUGCAGAAAUCCCAGACGUACAUAUCGAUCCUGAUGGUUAUAAUGCAGUCAACAAAUUUAUGAUUCAUGGACCCUGUGGCAAGCUCAAUCCUAACUCUCCGUGUAUGAUGCAAGGCAAGCGCACAAAAUAUUUUCCUAAAAAAUUCACAGACCAAACGACUGUUGACACAGAUGGCUUUCCGGUUUACAAAAGAAGAAAUACAGGUAUCCGUGUUGAAAAGAAAAAUGUCUUCUUAGAUAAUCGUUAUGUGGUCCCUUAUAAUAGGAAUUUGAUUGUCAAAUUUGAUGCACAUAUUAAUGUUGAGAUUUGCAAUUACUCAAGGUCAGUCAAAUAUCUAUUUAAGUACGUUCAUAAAGGGUCUGAUAGAACAACAGCAACAAUAGAAUCUAUUGACACUGCUGAACAAAUAGAUGAGAUCAAAACAUAUCUUGACUGUAGAUACAUAUCAGCAACUGAAGCUUGCUGGAGAAUCUUCCAGUUUGACAUACAUUACAGACAACCAGCUGUUGAAAGAUUACCAUUCCAUUUGCCUGGAGAGCAUACAAUAAUAUUUGAAGAGAACAAUUGCACCGAAAAUGUGCUUUGCAUACCCGGAAUAGAAAAAACAAAGUUCACUGAAUGGUUAGAGACAAACAAGAAUUAUGAGGAUGCGCGUGAACUAACUUAUUCUGAUUUUCCUACAUGUUGGGUUUGGAAUUCAAAAGACAAAACAUGGACAAGGAGAAAAAGCAGCAUAGCAAUUGGAAGAAUUUACUUUGCACAUCCUUCAACUGGAGAACGCUUCUAUAUGAGAAUGAUGCUCAACUUUGUCAAAGGAAGUACUUUGUUUGAAAGUAUUAGAACAGUAAAUGGAGUGACCUAUCCUACUUUUAAAGCUGCAUGCUAUGCUUUGGGAUUAUUAGAUGAUGAUAAAGAGUGGAUCGAUUGCUUGACUGAAGCUUCAAUUUGGGCAACCGGAAAUGAAUUAAGACAUCUUUUUGUCAUGAUACUCAUUCAUUGUCAGGUUUCCGAUGCAUCACAACUUUGGAAAUCUAAUUAUACUACAUUGUCAGAAGACAUGGUUUCAUUACAAAGGAAGAGAUUUGGAAUGAAGGACCUUCAACUAACUGAACAACAAGUGGAAGCAUACACAUUGUUCGAAAUUGAAGGUAUAAUGCUGAAGAUGGGAAAAAGUCUGAAAGACAUAGAUGGAAUGCCCCUGCCUAAUUCUUCUUUAAUAAGAAACUCGGGUAAUAGAUUGGUCAAUGAAGAGCUUGAAUAUGACCAAGAUCAAUUAAAAAUAUUGCAUGAAAAAUCAUUUGCUGUUUUAAAUCCUUGCCAAAAGUCAGCUUAUGAAGCAAUAAUACAUUCUGUGGAGAAUGAAGAAGGCAAUUUAUUUUUUAUCAAUGGACAUGGCGGUACUGGUAAAACAUUUCUAUGGAAUACAAUUAUUGCAAAGCUCAGGUCACAAUCAAAAAUAGUCUUACCAGUUGCAACUUCAGGUAUAGCAGCUUUAUUAUUACCUAAUGGUAGGACAGCUCAUUCACGAUUUCGUAUUCCCUUGGAUGUAACAGCAGAGUCAACUUGUGAAAUUCGACACGGCACCCAAUUAGCUGCUCUUCUUAUGAAAACCUCCUUGAUCAUUUGGGAUGAGGCACCUAUGGCAAAUAAGUUCUGCUUUGAAGCUUUAGAUAAAACCUUAAGGGAUAUUUUAAAAACAAGGUAUGAAAAUAGUGCUACCAAACCUUUUGGAGGACUUACAGUGGUAUGUGGUGGCGAUUUCCGUCAAAUAUUGCCAGUUGUCCCAAAGGGAACAAGAGCUGACAUUGUUGAUUCUUCUCUUAAUUCAUCCUACUUGUGGUCAUUUUUCAAAGUAUAUCAGCUCAACCAAAAUAUGAGGCUCUAUAAUGGAAGUGUUAGUAGCUCUGAGGCUGCUAAAAUCGCUUCUUUUGACAAAUGGUUGUUGCAGGUUGGAGAUGGUACAUUAUAUGAUGACAUUGAUAGACAAUCAAUUAAAAUUCCUUCUGAUAUAUGCAAAAAACCAUCUGAAGAUCCAAUGAAAUCUAUAGUUGAAGCUAUCUAUCCUUCGCUUUUGCAUAAGUACAAUGAUCCAGCAUAUUUGAAAGAAAGAGCUAUAUUAACGCCAAAAAAUGAAAUGGUUCAUGAGUUAAAUGAGAUGAUUAUGAAUAUGAUACAAGGAGAAGGGAGAACCUAUUUCAGCUCUGACAAUAUAUGCAAAGCAAGUGUAAACGCAAAUGAUGAAGACCUUCUAUAUCCACCUGAAUUUUUGCAUAGCUUGAAAUUUAAUGGCAUCCCAAAUCAUGACAUACGACUUAAGGAAGGUGUUCCUGUAAUGCUACUUAGAAAUUUGAAUCAAACAGAAGGUCUAUGCAAUUGCACAAGGUUGAUAGUCACCCGUCUUGGUAAAUGGUCAAUUAGAGGUGACAUCAUUUCUGGAACAAAUAUUGGUCAAAACGUAACGAUUCCAAGAAUUAUCAUGUCUCCCAAUGAAUCAAGGUGGCCAUUCAAGCUCAAUAGACGACAACUUCCUUUGGCCCCAUGUUUUGCGAUGACAAUCAAUAAAAGCCAAGGACAAUCUCUUAAACAUGUCGGCUUGUAUCUCCCUAAGCAAGUAUUCACUCAUGGUCAAUUAUAUGUUGCUAUCUCUCGAGUUACAACAAGAGAAUGA